AUGGCUAUCACUAUCCUGCCACCUGUGGCAGAGGACCUUGGUCCCUACCAAGCUGAUUCAGACGAGUCCAUUGGCAUGGACUCCGACUCCGACUCCGACGUUGAAAUGACCGGCAGCACACGGCCGCACAAGCGGCCUCGCCUACAUUCGAAGAACAUUGGGACUGGAAUCAUCACCCCAGGUGAGGUAGUGACGGAUGAUCCACAAUGGAUGAGAGGCCAUGGGACCUACACCAACCCGCUUUCAACCUCGAUCAUUGCCACUGUCGCUGGAACUGUCCACAAGACCAACAAACUACUCUCUGUUCAUCCCAUUCGCGCCCGUUACACCCCGGAAAUUGGUGACUUGGUGGUUGGCCGCAUUGUCGAAGUGCAGUCGCGACGGUGGAAAGUUGAUGUCGCUGCCCCGCUGCUGGCCCAGCUUCCUCUGUCGGCGAUCAAUUUACCCGGUGGUAUUCUACGUCGACGUACAAGCGCCGAUGAACUUCAGAUUCGUACUUUCUUCAGCGAAGGCGAUCUAGUGGUUGCCGAAGUGCAGAGUGUACAUCAAGAUGGGUCAGCCUCACUACACACUCGCUCGCUUAAAUACGGAAAACUUCGGAAUGGGGUAUUUUUGGCGGUGACGGGAACGGGAGGCAGCGGUACACCGAACUCCAGCGUCAAAGGAGGCGUGGGAUCUGGGUCGUCUGGUGCUGGCGCCGCUCUCGGGGCUACGACUGGGACGGGAGGUGUGGUGCGAUCACGGCGCCAGGUGUGGACCGUCAGCACCGCCAACGGUGGCGGCGACGUGAAUGUUAUUCUCGGAGUGAACGGAUACAUCUGGAUCUCAAAGCAUGCCGACGGAGCCGCCGUUGCGUCUUCCACAACUGAAAAUGUCUCUAUUAUACGCAUGGAGGAGAUGGUAUCGAGUUCGAUCUACUCCAGCCAAAACGACGACAUCCCACCGCAAACUCGUCGGGAGAUUGCUCGGCUCGCUCAAUGUAUCCAGGUCCUGGUACAGAGCGGAGUUCCGGUAGACGAGCACAGCGUUACCAGCGCCUAUGAAGCUAGUUUGCAAGUGGAUCUGGAGGUGGGUGAUGACGAAGACGACGAGGAUGAAUGGCGACAGGAGGGGCGGGAAUACCUCGAGGGAACCAAGGCACAGCGAGUGUUGGAGCUUGCGAUGCAGGACAAGUAG